GCGCCCCUCAAAAUCAUGUUCGAUAGGUUCGAAUGUACUUAGCGACCAUAAACUUUGCCACCAAUGGCUCUACCACACCAAUCCUCUUCUUUUCCCUCACAACUGCUUGCCUCAAAUUUCAUAGCCACUAAAUCCCACAGGAUACUUAGAAGUCCUAAAUUCACACACCCUUUUGCUCGCACAAAAGCUUCUUGGUCAGAGCUUGCUGGGGUGUUGUUGUUUUCUGCUAUUCCAUUCACUGCUGUGAAAGCCAUAGCAAACAGCCCACUUGGAGAGACUCUACAGAAGAGACUAGAGGAGAGAAAAAAGAUUGAGGUUGUUAAUGCUUCUAACUUCAACAAGCUUUCUCAGCAGGCAAGAACUGAUAGCUCGUGGUAUGGAGAAGAACGCCCUCGAUGGCUUGGUCCGAUUCCAUAUGAGUAUCCUGUCUAUCUUGAUGGAGAACUUCCUGGUGAUUAUGGCUUUGAUGUUGCUGGUUUAAGCAAGGACCCAGUGGCUUUGCAAAAGUUCUUCAAUUUUGAAAUAUUGCAUGCUCGAUGGGCUAUGCUUGCUGCUCUUGGCGCUUUAAUUCCAGAAUUACUAGACUUACUUGGAGCCUUUGACUUCAUCGAACCUGUCUGGUGGAGGGUAGGCUAUUCUAAGCUUCAGGGGGAGACAUUAGACUACCUCGGCAUUCCUGGAUUCCACUUAGCUGGUAGUCAAGGCGUCAUUGUCAUAGCAAUCUGCCAAGCCAUUCUGAUGGUUGGACCAGAAUACGCGAGAUACUGUGGGAUAGAAGCUCUCGAGCCUUUAGGAAUAUACUUGCCGGGUGACAUCAACUAUCCAGGAGGUGCCUUGUUUGAUCCAUUGGGGCUUUCUAGAGAUCCACUGGCAUUUGAGGAGCUGAAGGUGAAGGAAAUUAAAAAUGGGAGAUUGGCUAUGAUUGCAUGGCUUGGUUUUUAUGCACAAGCUGCUGUUACUGGUAAAGGUCCUAUACAAAAUCUUGUUGAACACAUAUCUGAUCCUGCCCAUAAUAAUCUCAUUUCCAGUCUCUUGUCCAAGUAAUUGCUGUUAUCUCUGGAGUGUGUUAUGUGUAUAUUAACUAUGUGAAGCCCUUCAGACAUGCUGUUCAUAUAAAAGUUCUACUAAUUAUCUUCUA